UGAAGAGAAACCGAACCACCCAUGGCCUCCACAGAGCCUGAUCUCUCGCACCAUGGCCCAGAUGACGGGGUGUUGCCGCCGCCCGAUGGCGAGCCGCAGCCCGAUGGCGAGCCGCAGCCCCAUGGCGAGCCGCAUGCCGCGCUGAUCGCCAAGCUCGAAGGGCAGGUCAUGCACGUCCCGGACAUGCUGUCGCUAUUCCCAAAAAGCUGGCCGAGCGGCGGCCGCAACAAGUACUACAAGCGCCUGAAGGCAAGGCUCGACGAGAUUGUUCAAAGCGUCUUUCCCGACGAGGUGGCGCGGGAGCUGGCGCUGAAGAGCGACUUUGCUUUGUUGACAUCCAUCUGGUUCCCCGACGCCGCCUGGGACGACUUCUACACGUGCGGGCUCUUCUCCUUCUGGAUCUUCCACUGCGACGACGCCAUGGACGACCGAGCCGGCGCCGUCUCCCAAGACUUUUCCGCGUCUUGCGAGUACCGCAAGCAGGUCCUCGACUACACGCGGUGCUGUCUGGGGCUAGAUCCCGUGUCACCGCCACAGCCGAGCGGCGGCGCCGCCUCGAGGCUCCUGUCAUGGUUCCAGCCGGCCGUGAAGAAGUGGAACCCUCCGUGCCCGAGCCUGCCGAACAGCGUCUUCCUCGAGUUUGCCGAGAGGGUCCAGCUGACCACCAGCAAAGCCUUCCGCGAGCUGCUCCACAGGGAAAUCGAGAGCUACCUCGACCAUUGCACCACUGAACAGCGCGAGCGCAUGACGGGGGAAAUGCCCGACAGCCUAGAGAGCUACCUGCGCGUUCGACAUCACACAUCCGGCAUUCGCUGCUGCGGCCUCCUCGUCCAACUCGGCCAGGACGUGAGGGUACCAGUCCGGAUGAUGAAGUCGGCCGAGAUGCAGGCGCUGUGGGACGACCUGACGGUGCUCGUUCUCGUCGAGAACGACAUCCUGUCGGCAAAGAAGGAGCUGGCGGCCGGGUGCGUGCACAACGCCAUCCCCGUCCUGUACAGCCAGGGCCAGCCGCUCGACAGCGCGAUCCGCGUGCUGGUGGCCCGGCUGCAAGGCUCUCGCGACGCCUUCGACCGUGCGGCCGACAGCAUGUGCAAGAAGACGGCCGGCGACGCGGGCCAGCAGCGGUGGGCCCGCAAGGAGCUGCUGAGAUACCUCGACGGCCUACGCACCGUUGCCACCGCGUGCAUCGAGUUUUGGUAUAGCUCCUGCUUCUUCAGCUGUUUAUAA